AUGCGCCUCCCAUGGGAACUCGUCCAGCAAAUCCUCGAAUGCGCAGUGGAAAUCCUCCCUCUGUCUGAUUUAUUCCAGACAAGGCUCAUCUGUACAACCUUUUCCGAUGAAAUCUUCACUCUCCUCCUCAGUACCCCCCGCCUAGACGAUGAAGCAUGGAGCUGCACUCGACUUGGCAGAGAUGAAGCCGUCCGCAGAUGGACCACAUUUCCCGACCGACUGAAAAGGCAAUAUCUAUAUCACAAGAUCCAGCAACAUACAUACAGUCCGUGUGUAUAUUCGGAAUUCGUACAUGAAGCCCUCGACUCACAGGGCCAACUGUCGCCCAACAAGCGCGAAGAGUUUAUCAGCCAAAUGAUCGACGCAACAUGGUGGAGCCAUUACCAAUUCAACCUCGUAUUCUGCACCGACAAGCGCGAUCAAUGGAAGAAGUGGUAUGAGACACAUCUAUACACCUACUACAUGGCACGGAGACUGCCACCCAUCGCAGCAGACGUCCGGGUUGCGCUCCUUUGCAGCGCAAUCAGACGAAACGACACAGUCACUGCACAGAAGCUACUCAACGAAAAGGUUGGAAUGGACGAAUUCUGCUAUCGAUUCGGAGCAAUGCCGAUAGACUUCGCAGCCAAAUGGGGAGGACGGGAGAUCAUCGCCAUGUUGAUCAAGAAGGGCAAACCGAUCGAGUACGACAUGGGUGACUGGCAUUCGAAAUGCGCGUUUACCCUAGCGGCAAGGAAUAGGAAUUUCGAUGCGCUGGAGAGUUAUAUUGAACAUUGUAAACCGCCAGGGACUUACUGCAGUGUGUCGACUGCAAUGAUCAAAGCAGCCAAAACAAUGGCGAGAAUUGGCGAUAUUGAGAUGUUGGACUUUCUUGGAGAACGAUACAACAGAGAUACCUCUAUACUGCGAUAUGAAGCACUCAUCGCAGCAAUCAAAUCUGGUCAGCUUUCAACCAUCCAGCAUAUUUUCAACCUCGGAGAAUUCGACCUGGACAUGCGAACAGAAAGCAGCUUCAAAGGCCUUCUAUUCAGUGCUAUUUAUGACAGCGAGCCAGAUCCCAGAUUUGCAGUAGUAAAGCUACUACUGGAAAACGGCGUCGAUCCGAACCAAAGCUUCCCUGGUGUCGGCGUAACAGCACUGCAAAGAACUUUGUAUAGAGGCGAUGGAGAGAUAGCAAAGUUACUAAUCGAAUACGGAGCAGACGUGAAUGCCACUCGAGCCCCAGCGGGAAACAAGGAGUUGGCACCGCCGGUGAUUCUGGCUGCAAGACGGGGACUACCGUUGAUUCCGUUGAUGGUGGAGAAGGGGGCAUAUACUCGAUUCACAUGGAGGAGGAAGCAAUGUGUGGUGAAGAUUGGAGACCUGACACAUCGAGAGCAUUUGCCUAGAGCUGGGAUGGGAGGUGGAUCAAAAGUUGUCAUACUCGAUAACAGUCGUCGCAUGAGGCAUCCUUUGACUGGAACGAAUGUCUAGUACAUAGUCGGGCUUGUAGCGCUGCGUAGGUGGCAUUUACCGGCUCUGUGCAGUUAGCUAAUGAACUGGCGAUGCUUUCCAAGUUUUUCAGUUGUUCGUCGAGGGUGUCGAAUCCGUGCUGUAGGUCCAGAUCGAUGGCUUCAUGCUCCAGCUUCAUGGUCGCGAAACCAUUAAAGAGAUCGAUGGGAUCCCAGUUUUCUGCUUGGGCAACGCGAGAAGCAGCUUCCAGAUCGAGCACGUAAAGAGACUGAAAGGUAUCCUCAUCCGAA